AUGGCGACCAGCACCUCUUCAAAGCCAGGCCUCAACAGCAAUGUCUGUACCGUCGAGAUCCACUCGGCUGACGAUUUACCUCCUCGUCAGAGUGGUUCGUCUUCUAUAUCACGAUCCCUUCGCAAAUACAUCUGGGCCGUGGUCUGGUGCCUCUACUUGCUCUGGUGCAUCCUGGCCAACAACUACGCAAAGACAGCCGGGCAGUCAGUGCUAGGUAUCCCUCAAUUUCGCAAGGAUUUUGGCAGCCCUUACCACGGUAACUAUGUCCUGUCGGCCAAGUGGCAGUCGGCCUACUAUGGCGCUCCCCAGGCAGCCGCUGUCAUGGGCGCAUUGAGUGCGGCCUGGGUCGGCGACAAGGUCGGUCGUAGGCUCGCGCUCGGGUUUAUCUUUGCCGUCAGACUCACGGCCGUCACGCUGGAAUUCAUCGCGACCACGAACGACAUCUUCUUUGCGGGACGGUUCUUGGGCGGGUUUUCCACGGGCGGCACCAACUCGCUGUGUAUGGCAUAUAUCGGAGAGAUCACGCCUUUGCCCCUGCGCGGGGUGCUCACGGCGGCCGUGCCCAUCUCGCUGAUCACCGGCGCCCUCUCGUCUGCCCUGGUGGUCAACUUCACCGGCAACCAGGCCAGCCGCUGGGCGUAUCGGAUCGCCUUCGUGUCGGGCUACGGCUUCAUGGGUCUGGCGGCUGUCGUGCUCCCGUUCAUGCCGGAGUCGCCCUGGUGGCUGGUCAGCCACGGCAAGGACGAGCAGGCCCUCAAGGCGCUCAAGAGGAUCGGCUACCCGGCCGAUGCAGACGCCGCGCUCAAAAUGGCCGAGAUCAAACGCGUGCUGGCCAAGACCGUCGAGGAAACCUCCGGCGCCACGUACACGGAGUGCUUCCGCCGCUCCAACCUGCGCCGCACCGUCAUCGCCGCCAUGCCCCUGACCAUCCAGACCUUCUCGGGCGUGGCCUUUGUGGGAUCCUACACGACCUACUACCAGCAGCUCGCCGGCUACAGCACCGCGGCCAGUUUUCAUCUGUUUAUCGUCCAACAGGUCCUGUCGGGCGCCGGGAAUGUUUGUUCGUGGUUCUUGAUCGAUCGAGUCGGACGCCGGCCCCUGACGCUCUGGGGCAUGAUUAUACUGACGCUGAUUCUCUUAAUCACUGGCGGCCUCGCCGUCUCCGGCACGCCGCCGGCCAUCAAAGGCACAAUCGCGCUCCUCCAGCUCUUCUCCUUCGUCUACAACGCCACCAUCGGCGCCACCGCCUUUACUAUCCUCACCGAGAUCCCCACCGCUCGCCUGCGAGCCAAGACGGCGUCCAUAUCUGUGGGGUUGCAGAGCGCACUCUUCACCAUGUGGGGAUUCGUGCUCCCCUACCUGUUCAACCCGGACAAGGCCAACCUGGGCGCCAAGGUGACCUUCAUCUUUGGGGCUUUGUCAGUCCUCUCCAUCGUCUACCUGUGGUUGUGCCAGCCCGAGUCCGCGGGGCUGAGCUACGAGCGCCUGGACGAGCUGUUCAUCGCCCGCGUCAAGACCAGGGGAUUCAAGGAUCGUGGACCUGGCGAUGCCAUGCAGACCGACGAAGAUGGAAACAGCACGGGCUCGGAUGCGGGAGCUGGAAUUGAAACAGGAACGGGCAAAGUGGACGGCAAGAUCGAGCAUUCGGCUAUUUGA